GUAUGGGAGUAGCAGAAUUGGCAAAAAUCCAACCCGCCACGUCUAGUAACACUGCGUCGUCGUCGACUUCUACUCUUGGACCUAAUAACCAAAAUAACCAAAAUAAUCAAAAUAUUGCCUAUAAUAUUACUGUAUGUAAUCGUGCCGAUCCAUCAUUGUACGGUGCGAAAAGAAACAAUUUUAAUUCUAAAUGGACAGUAACAUUGAAGCAAAAAUCUAAUAAUAAAUAUGUUGAAAUAGUUAAAAACUCUUCCAAUAUUAAAUAUGAGGAUUCUGUUUUUAAAAGUUCAAAAGGAAAAAGAGGAUGUAGUGGAAAACCAUGCAGUAAUUCAGAUAUAAAUAAAAAAAAAUGGAUAUGGGAAGAAGCAAAACAUAAUAGUAGUACUUCAGGAUUGAAAAAAGGUAAUAACUAUGCCAAAAAAAUAGGUAUUCCUCCUCGAACACAAGUUUUAUGUUUUGGAAACAUUCACGGAGAGGAUUGUGAAAAUGAUGCAGUUUCAAAAGUUACAUCUAAUGAACAGUUAUUAAUUGAAUGGGUAAUUGCCGCAAAACUUGAAGGAGAAAAUUUAAAAAACAAUUAUAGAAAUAAUAAUGAUAAAUUAUGUCGAGCUGUGAAAUACAGUUUUGCCGAUAUUGGUGAUUUGAUAAAAGGAACGAGUAUUUGGGAAAAUAAAUGGACAAAACUUCUUGAAACAAAUUUAGAAAAAAUAUUUAGAAAU